AUGGCGCAAGAGGCCGCCAAGGCCGCCAAGAAGGCCGGCAGGGGCUGCACGCCCAGCUGCGGCCAGGCCCUGGGCCAGGCCGCCGACGCGCUGCCCUCCUACUUCAGCGAGCCACCGCCGUCCUGCAAGAAGCUGCUGCGGAGGCGCGCCGGGCCCAGCAAGGUGGUGCUGUUCCCGGACGAGGCCUGGGCGAGGAACGCCACCUCCUCGUACUGGACGCUGGCGCCCGUCUGGUGGAGCCCCAACCGCUGCGUCGUCGUCGAGGUGUCCGGGACCAGAAGGAUUCGAACCCGGGCACGGAUGGAGGAGUCCUCCAACGGCAACCUCCACAUCAUCGGGUCGUUCAAGACGGACGUCGACCCUAAUUUCAAACUCUGCCUGACGUCCCGGGUGAGCGCCGCCGACUUCAACAUGGGGUACUCCAUGACGGGCACGCUGGAGCGCGGCUGCAAGCGCACCAACUCGUUCCAGGUCACGCACUUCGCCGUCAUCAGGAGGCACGAGGUGGCCACCCCGACCACGUGAAGCCUGCAAUCCGUGAAAACAAGUUUGGUUCGAACUUUUAGAAAGAGAACGACGGAUGAAAAAUCGUUGCAUGAAAAUGCAGUUCGUACCGAGCAUCGCCAUCCAAACCGCAGGUUGAAUUUUUUUUGGUUUUGCGUGACUGUAUGACUUCCACCGGCCUGGCGAUGCUCGUAUCCGGUCAAUUGAAACCGACUCGUGAGAAACCGUCCUUUUGUGUCAAUCAGCCAUGUCGAUCUAUGCCGUCGAACGAGGUGGAUCUUGACCCUUUAUGUCUACUUUCUGAGUGUUGUUUUCUCAAGCUAGUCCCACUUCUUGUUACGAUAUGCCUCCCUGCGGGCCGUUUCGUCGUUCGUGGCAUUCGCUUUGGAGCUGUGCUAGUUGGGUUGUCCACUGCAUUGGCGCACUAAAAAACACGAGGCAUCUUGACCCAUCUUGAAAACAACAUCGAAAAACUACUGUCUCGUCAGCCCGAAUUCUCAGCCAAAAGCCACGGCCACGAACUGAAAUGCCCUGCAUCCAAGCAACCUGGUGAAACGACAUGCCAAAACAAGCUACCUUUAAUUCGUAGUUCUUAAUCUUUGCCUAAUUUAAGCGUGAAUGUAUAUGAAUAUUUAAAAGUCCGGGCGUGCAGCCGUCGUCCAUUUAUGUAAAUAUAUUUUCGUAUUUUCAUUCCAGCAUCAGUAAGAGACGUCCACAUGAGUAACUAGGUAAACCCGUCCAGUUUUGAAUCUCUGGGCUGCGUCGACCUCGCAAGCAGAGGCGACAAAGACUCUACUCUCACCGAAAAUUUCCCCAACCAGGAAUUAAAAAUCAAUGGAGAACGUUUCAAAACACACUAAAACAUUGUGUCCUUUGGUUGACCUGGUGGCUGGGGUUAUUGUAAAAUAGAGACGUCUAAGGAUGUCUGUGAGAAAAAAAAAGUUAGAGAAUUUCUAAUGUCUAAGUCACCUUUCUGAGUCGAUGGUGAGCCCAAAAGUACCUGCUUUUUGCCUUCAAAAUUGCGUCCAUGGAGGCCACCCGUGCUCUCUCACUCUUCCGCCCAAGGAAAUGUACAUCACAAAUAUUUCACUUUCUCCAAAUUGUAAUUUUGUUUCGCUUUUGUAAAAAAAAAGGAGCAGUUCCAAAAUGUAUUUGGGAACGCAUAAAGUAUAACAGUCAAUAUUGCCUUACAUUUCGAAAAAUCUGUUUAACCUUUCCUUUUCCCUGCCUAAAUGGUUGUGACAAUGUGCUCCCCUAGUCGUUUCUCUAAUGUCUGUAAAGUUAAAUAGUUGAAAUCGUUUUGCGUGACUGUCUUGCUUAAUUGGUAGAUAGGUUGGAGCGUCCGCCGGGAGUCGAAAAUCAGAAACAGAAUCAGGAGGUUGCCACACGCCGCGUUCCAGGACUCUCCGGCGGAUUAUUUCAACCCGUUGCUUCCUUUUUUUACAUGUUUUGUACUCUACUGCCGGCAGAGCCCGGCGGGGAACCAGCGCUGUCUUGUCUUUGAACUAGUUAUCAAUAAAUACUUUGCCAGUUCUUCA